AUGGGGUUGCUUGGCGGCAUCUCUUCUGGAGGGAGCAUAGCUCUUGGAAUUAUUGUUGGGUUGAUAUCGACCAGUGUUCAGAGUCUAGGCCUGACCUUGCAGCGAAAGUCGCAUAUACUCGAGGACGAAAAGGGACCUCACGAUGUCCGACGGCCUCCCUAUCGAAGGAGGAGGUGGCAGAUUGGCAUGGGCAUGUUUAUUGUAGCAAACUUGCUGGGAAGCAGUAUUCAGAUCUCGACGCUUCCACUCCCCGUUCUCUCGACUUUGCAGGCUGCUGGUCUCGUAUUCAACUCGAUAUGCGCAUCAUUGAUCCUCAGCGAACCUUUCACAAGAUGGUCUUUGUCUGGCACGAUUCUCGUUACAACUGGCGCUGUAUUGAUCGCUAUAUUCGGAGCCAUUCCUUCGCCGGCGCAUGACUUGAAGGAGCUGUUGGAACUCAUGGCGAGAAGGCCAUACAUUGUCUGGAUGAUACUUCAGGCGCUCUUUGUCCUUACUCUGGCGCUGGCCGUUGAUCUAAUCAACAGCAUGUCGAGCCUAUCACACGACGCCCGCUUUCGGCUGGCUCGAGGUAUUACUUACGGCGUCAUCAGUGGAGAUCUCUCUGCUCAUGCACUAUUGUUCGCCAAGUCCUCGGUAGAGCUGGUCAUCAAGACUGUUGCUGGACGUAACCAGUUCGUGCAUUGGCAAUCUUGGGCCAUCGUCCUAGCUCUCGUCACGCUGGCUCUUUGCCAGCUCUAUUACUUACACCGAGGUCUCAAACUUGUUUCAACAUCGGUUCUUUACCCUUUGGUUUUCUGUGUCUACAACAUCAUUGCCAUUCUUGACGGCUUGAUAUAUUUCAAUCAGACGAGCCUAAUAUCGCCUCUAAGAGCAUGUCUCAUUGCUUUAGGAACUGUUAUUCUGCUUUCGGGUGUCCUGGCACUCUCAUGGCGAUUAAGCGACGAGCAGCAUACACCCGGCGUUGGACAGUCGUCCCUUGCCCCUGGUCUUGGACUUGUGGAGGAUACCGAGGAGGAAGAGUCACUGCUUGGCUCAGACAAUGCCGUUGCAGAUGAAGACUCAAUUCCACAUACAUAUCAAACAUUCCCGCCCGCGAUCGACGAAACACCACUGGUCCCCUCUCGGAAGAGGACCCCUCGGUGGGCUGAGCGAGCUGAGAUUUGGGAUGAGUUGGAGGAUCGAGACGAGCCCAGUACUCCAGGCAAUAGGAGACGGUCUAGUACACUGGCGCGCCAUACAGAGUCCUCACCUCUGCUCCCAACCAGGAGAUCUACCGCUGGUGGCCCUGUUGGGGAUGAAUCUGGGCCAAGCACCGAAUCUACGCCUCGACGACUUACACGACGAAGGCGAAAGAGCACAGGAUUUCCGGGUCUCAAAGCUCGCCGAUACCAGAGAAACAGGAGCUCUACAGACUCAGGCGCUCUUGGUAACAUCCUCUCGUUGAGCUGGUUCAGGAGCAGAAACCGCCAGUCAUCACAAGCUAGCACCAGCGAUGACUUUCCUUGGGGCACCACAUCUCAGCAGGGUGGUACUGAGACAAGGGGUGACGCAGCUGUAUGA